AUUCUAAUCCAUUUAGUUUAUUUCUUUAUCUGUCAAAGAUACAUCUAAAAUUUGCGCCUCUUCCGUGGAAGACCAUAAAAUGUUUGUCCAAUCAUUGCAUUCAGUCUGAACGCCCCCCGUCUGUCAACAUCGUAACAGAGCCAGAAAGUGUUUAGCCAGUAUGAAAAAAAUCUGUUACAGAAGUGCAAGGCAUAAUCCCUUCAUAAUAAUAGACAAAGACAGAUAACAAGGUAAAACAAGGGUAAACUCUGGUACUGUUUUUACAAGAUGGAGAAAUUAGAAGUAAUGAAAACAGCUCUUGUCCGUGCUAUUUUGAAACUGUGUGCUGUUCAGAGUCUAAUGUAGUCUCCUCCCAUUCUCUUUUGCCCUGCCCCUGUAUACCCAGCCUUCUCUCUCUCUACCUCUUUUGCUGGAGUGACUUCCAUGCUACAGAUGAGAAAUUGAGAUGGUAUGACCAAUCAUAGAAUAAUUCUAUUUACACAGAAUACAUAAAUAGAGAACUGUACAUUUCUAGUAUGAAGAUCAGAAACACACUUUGUGUGGAUUUGGAUGUAAUAUGGACCAAUAAUCCAGAGUUUUGUGGGAUCCUAAAGAAGAGGAGCUGCUGAAGUAUGACGGGCCAGUCGGCUGCCGAGGGAUCUCCCUGCUCUCAUCGACUCUCUGUGCAAAAUCAAGAGGACGAGCAGGACCGAGCAGAGAGUGUGCUCAGCAGGUCUCAGUCUGCGUGUGAUGACACCUCGUCUGAGCUGCAGCGAGUAGCUGCCCUAGAGCCUCAGGAUGCACCGUCCAGAAACUCCUUUAGAGGAAGAGGAGCCCUUUCCAGGUUGGUGAGUUUGGUGGUGAUUCUGAGAGACUGGGCACACAGGAGUCUGAUAGAGGAGGAGGAAAGACCCGAUUCGUUUCUAGAGAGAUUCCGGGGACCUGAAGUACGAGCUCCACCCAGUCAAAGGAGCAACCAUCAACCAGACGCCAAUGGAAACACUAAGGGAAUCACAAAGAAGCAAUGGGAGACAUUUAUAGUUUCUUCCUCUGAUGAUAUUUACUACUACUGGCUGUUCUUCAUCGCUGCUGCUGUGCUUUAUAACUGGGUACUGCUUGUGGCAAGAGCAUGUUUUGAUCAGCUGCAGGCUGAGAAUCCUGUUGUCUGGCUGGUGUUUGACUAUUUGUGUGACAUUGUCUACAUAAUGGAUUCAUGUAUGCGGCUAAGGACAGGUUACCUGGAGCAAGGACUUCUGGUGAAGGACUUGGCGAAACUCAGAGACAGCUACAUUCAUACCUUUCAGUUCAAACUGGACGUUAUCUCCAUCCUCCCCACAGACCUGGCAUACAUCAUCUUAGGCAUCAACACACCACAGCUACGCUUCAACCGCCUCUUGCGCUUCUCUCGUAUGUUUGAGUUCUUUAAUCGGACGGAGACGAGAACCAACUACCCAAACAUCUUCCGCAUCUGGAACUUGGUUCUCUACAUUCUGGUUAUUAUCCACUGGAAUGCCUGCAUAUUCUAUGCCAUCUCAAAGUCUCUUGGUUUUGGGUCAGAUCAAUGGGUUUAUCCCAACAUCUCAUCCACAGAAAUAGGAGCUCUGAGUCGGAGCUACAUAUACUGCUUCUACUGGUCCACACUGACCCUCACCACCAUCGGUGAGAUGCCACCACCCGUACGCGACGAGGAAUAUGUGUUUGUGGUGUUCGAUUAUCUUGUCGGAGUCCUGAUUUUUGCCACCAUUGUGGGUAACGUGGGUUCCAUGAUUUCCAAUAUGAACGCCACACGGGCAGAGUUCCAGGCACGGAUUGAUGCUAUUAAACAUUACAUGCACUUCCGCAAAGUCAGUCGCCAUCUUGAGACACGUGUCAUCAAAUGGUUCGACUACCUGUGGACGAAUCAGAAAGCAGUGGACGAACAGGAAGUCUUAAAGAAUCUCCCCGACAAGCUACGUGCAGAAAUUGCUAUCAAUGUUCAUUUAUCUACUCUGAAGAAAGUGCGCAUCUUUCAAGAUUGCGAGGCUGGGCUGUUAGUAGAGCUGGUUUUAAAGCUGCGUCCCCAAGUGUACAGUCCUGGCGACUACAUCUGCCGAAAAGGAGACAUUGGAAAAGAGAUGUACAUCAUUAAAGAGGGAAAAUUAGCAGUUGUUGCUGAUGAUGGAGUGACACAGUUUGCAUUGCUAACGGCUGGGGGUUGCUUUGGCGAGAUUAGCAUUCUUAACAUUCAGGGAAGUAAAAUGGGAAACCGCCGGACAGCUAACAUUCGCAGCAUCGGCUACUCUGACCUUUUCUGUCUUUCAAAGGAUGACCUUAUGGAGGCUGUAACCGAAUACCCAGAUGCACAGAAGGUUCUGGAGGAGCGUGGAAGGGAGAUUCUGAGGAAGCAAGGGCUUCUGGAUGAAAGUGCAGCACAGGGAGGGAUGCUCGUCAUGGAUACUGAUGAGAAGGUUGAACGUCUGGAGAGCUCGCUGGAUGUUCUGCAAGCACGAUUUGCGCGGUUGCUCGGGGAGUUCACAGCCACUCAAAGCAGACUGAAGCAAAGAAUCACAGGGCUUGAGAGACAGCUGUGUCACACUGGCCUUGGACUGGUUUCAGAUCAAGAGAUGGACUCUGAGAGUAAUGGUAACUCACCUCGAGCCAACUCGACUAAAUAGAUGUGUGCCUCGAUCUCACGGGAUUUUAUUCCUGCACACAAAUUCACAUUUACAGACAUUUUCUUGUUAAAAUACAUUCCAACAACCUACAGCUUUUUGACUGGUUUUAGACUUGGUUUAUCCAAGUAUUGCCUUUUUAAAACGUUUUUUUUUUAAAAGGAAUACACCAUAUUUAAUUUUCCUUAAAGCAACACUACACUUAAAAAAAGAAAUAGGCUAAUUUCCCAACUCUUCUACUUUUAAAUAGUUGAGUUUUACAGUUUUCUAAUCCAUUUAGUCGAUAUCUGGGUCUGGCAGUCAAGGAAUCAAGGUACUUUAGGCGCAGUGAUAUUACGCAGCCCCUGAAAAUAGUCCCAAGCAACUUUACAACUACACAAACUAGCUGGAGUCGAUUUUAGGCGCAGUGUAAUAUUGCGGCUGCUGCACCCAUGGUCUGGCAGUAAAGUCCCUUGAUUAUUAUGCCAGAAUGAAAGUAUAUCAGCCUAGAAAAUCACAACUUUUCUUUUUCUGUCGGUCUUAGUACACAAUGUAACUAAAGAAGCGUCAAGUUUUAAAUAGGAAAAAUAUAGGAAAUAUUUGGUCAUUUUUGGGCGAGAUGCUAAUGGUCUAAUCAGAUUCAAUGAUCUAUGCUAAGCUAAGCUAAGCUAAAAGUGCUACCACCAGACCCGGAAAUCGGCUGAAUGGAAUUGAAAACUUUAAAACUUAACUGUGUAACUCUGGGGAGUUGCAAAAUAAGUCUAUUUUCAAAUAAAAAGUGGAGUAUUCCUUUAAAUGAAAAUGAGGCUAUCAGGGAUGCUGUGGUGUAUUCCUUUGACAUACCAUCAGUGUUGCUAUUGUUAACCAAAACUGUUAAAUUUGUUAUUUGAUGCUGAAAUAAACUCCAAAUUCAUUCAUCCAUUCUCCAAACUAUUAUAUGUAGGGUAUUAAAUUAAAACAUGAAAUGAAAAACUUGAUUAUAUUUUUAUACAUCACAUUACAACCCAUUGAGCAAAUGUUUAAUUGUUUUAACUAUAUUUAUUGGAUGCAUGUUUUAUUUACAUAUUUUAAAACUUCUGUUAUUUAGACUUUUUAUCAAUAACAAACUGUACUGCACACACCUAUCCCAGAGCCUUGUUUUCUUUCGUGAAAUAAAUUAAUAUGGCAUUCUUACCCAAGACAUAUGCUGUUGACAACAAUGUAUGUAUUGAUAAGCUGUCCUUAUAACAUGUUGGGGUCAUAUUAGUCUAUUCGCUUUUGCAUGUGCACAAUAAUAUAUAGGCCACAGAAAAAUAACAAAAUGUAUAUUCUUUAUAAAUUACUGUGUGCUUUGAAUGUAAACCCUGUUUGCAUCUCCGUGCUCAA